GUUAAUUUUCCUGUCUACAAUUUCUUGCAAUUAAAUCUUACGCAAUGAUAAAUUUGCUGGAAGAAAUUAUUUGAUUUAGAUGGUGGAUUAUCUCAAAGAACACAACGUACCACAAUCGUACCGCGACAAAAUUCUAAAAUGGAAUGGAUGGGGCUACGCCGACUCAUACUUCAAAUUGAAUCAAGCUGGACAUGUGACCAUGGCAGGAGACAAGUACGAUAUGUCCGGCCAAGUAAUGCCACAUUUCCGACCAUGGUUCGAAGCGAAUUUAGGCGUUGACGUCGAUUAUAAAACUCCUAGUCAAAAGAUAACGGAUCUGCAAAUUCCUCGUCCAGUAGAAAAUGACGAGAUCUACGACGAAUUGAAAAAAGCAAAUAUUUCAUUCACGAAUGCACCAAGGAUGCGACUUAUGCGAGGACAUGGUCAUACGGUGCACGAUAUAAUGCAUCUCCGACAUGGACGGUUUCCGCGCUUGCCGGAUAUCGUUGUGUGGCCACGUAGCGAAAGUGAUGUACAAAAGAUUAUUGAGUUAGCAAUGAGUACCAACUGUGCAAUCAUCCCAAUUGGAGGCGGAACUUCGGUAUCCAAUGCGCUUGAAUGUCCUGACUAUGAGAAACGAGCAGUGAUCUCUAUGGAUAUGGCUUUGAUGGACAAGAUCAUAUGGAUCGACAAGCAGAAUCUCACUUGUAGAGCACAGGCUGGCAUUAUCGGACAAUCACUUGAGCGUCAGCUCAACGAGAAGGGCUACACUUGUGGUCAUGAACCCGAUUCAAUUGAGUUCUCAACACUAGGAGGUUGGGUCUCAACAAGAGCAAGUGGAAUGAAGAAAAAUAAGUACGGCAAUAUAGAAGACCUUCUUGUACAUGUUAAUUUUGCAACCCCAAAAGGAAUGAUCCACAAACAGUGCCAGGUACCUCGCAUUUCCAGUGGUCCCGAUCUCCACCAUGUUAUCUUGGGAUCCGAAGGCACCCUUGGUGUCGUUACGGAGGUCACCAUCAAAAUCUUCCCAUUGCCUGAAGUGAAGCGACACGGUAGCCUUGUGUUCCCUGAUUUUGAGCAUGGUGUGGAAUUUUUCAGGGAAGUCGCUAGGCAGCGCAUCCAACCAGCUUCCCUGAGACUUGUGGACAACGAACAGUUCAUAAUGGGACAAGCCCUCAAGAUCCAAGCUAAAUCAUAUUGGGAGUCGUUAAAAAGUACAGUCAGCCGAAUGUACGUAACCAAAUGGAAAGGAUUUCAUAUAGAUGAAAUGUGCGCAGCAACAAUCGUUUUCGAAGGAACGGCGGAAGAAGUGGACAAUGAAGAACGUCGACUCUACGCUUUAGCUGAACAAUAUAAAGGCAUUGUAGGCGGUGAAGAAAAUGGAAAGUACGGAUAUCGACUAACGUUUGCAAUAGCCUAUCUACGAGAUCUUGGUAUGGAAUAUGGUGUAUUAGGAGAGUCGUUUGAGACUUCUGUGCCGUGGGACAAGUUGAUCAAACGACAAGCCAAAGCAUUAGGAGUGCAAUAUCCCGUAUUGUCAAGUUGUCGAGUAACGCAAAUAUAUGACGCUGGAGCAUGUGUAUACUUCUACUUCGGAUUCAAUUCUCGUGGACUUGACAACGGCUUGGAAGUGUACGACAAGAUCGAGACAGCUGCUCGUGAUGAGAUCAUCGCUUGUGGAGGCAGUAUUUCGCAUCACCAUGGCGUUGGAAAGCUGAGGAAGCAGUGGAUGCUUACUUCACAGGGAGCUGUUGGAAUUUCUUUGUUGAAAGCUAUAAAAGCGGAACUUGAUCCUGCAAAUAUAUUUGCCAAUGCUAAUCUGAUCGACAUCUUGGGAUCACCGCAUAGCAAACUUUAAAACUUGGUAAUAUAAAGAUAGAUUCCCAAAAUGGUUGUCUGAUUUACUGACCAAAAUGAGUUUGUAUCAUUAUAAACUUACUGUAGAUUUUUCUUCUGUUGGCUUUUCUAUUUUUUCAUCCGACAUAAUUAAUAAAUUCUGG